AUGGAGAAUUCAGAAAGAAGCGGACAGAACACAUGCAUAUCGAGUGAGAUCGUGAAUGUAACCAUCACUGCAGAAGUACAGGGUGAAGAUGAGGGCAACUUUGACGUGUCUACGGUCCCUGUUAGCCCCACGGCUGUUGAGACCGUGUCCUCUCCUGAAGUGACGCCCGACAUGUCACCUAAAGUUAGCUCUCUGUACUCUGAGACUGAAGAAAUAGGCAACAACUUCCAUCUUAAAAAUGAAGGUCUUCAAGUGUUGUCCGAGGCUCACGCAGAAGCCGAAAUGCAGAGUGUGGAACAGACCCCACUUGUCGACCAGUUGGAGCAAAGUAACGGUGAACAGGAUGUGAGUGAGUCAGUGGUCAGAGAAGGUGAACAUGCACAUGAUGUCCAGUUGGAGAGCACACAAGAAAAGGCUGUUGAGACUGCUGUCCCGGAUUUAGUCACUGCCACAGAGUCUGCGGAACAGACGCAAGAGGAUGUGAGCACCUCAUUGGUCACUGCAGGUGAACGUGCACACAAUGUCCAGUUGGAGAGCACACCAGAGAAGAGUGUCGUCCCAGAUGUCGUCACUGUCUCUGAGUCCACAGAACAGGUGCAGGAGGAGGCAAGUCUCUCAGUGGUUGCUCCAGGGGAAAAGGCACAAGACGUCCAAAUAGAAACUACAGAGAAGAGUUCUGAGAGUGCUAUCCCAGAUUUAGUCUCUUCAUCUGAGUCUACAGAACAAGUGCAGGAGGAUGCAAGUGCCUCAGUGCUCGGUGCAGGUGAAAAUGUACAAGAUGUCCAAAUGGAGACCAUAGAAGAGAGUUCUGAGAGUGCUGUCCCAGCUUUAAUCGCUGCCACUGAUACUACAGGACAGGAGCAGGAGGAUGGGAGUGGAAAUGCACAAGAUGUCCAAAUGGAGACCAUAGAAGAGAGUUCUGAGAGUGCUGUCCCAGCUUUAAUCGCUGCCACUGAUACUACAGGACAGGAGCAGGAGGAUGGGAGUGGAAAUGCACGAGAUGUCCAAAUGGAGAGUACAGAAGAGGCGCGUGUUGAGAGAAUUGUCCCGGAUGAGGUCACUGCGUCCCAGUCUACAGAACAAGUGCUGGAGGUGACUGGACCUGAAGCCAUUGCAGACACGGAAACUGUCACAUUUACUGCAGUAGUCCGGGAAAACCAAGAAGCUGUUCAAACAUGUGAAGAGUAUGUUAUAUUAGAGCCAGUGCCUACCGUUCACUAUGACAUUAUUACUCAAGCUGUGACAGAAUCAGGGCUGUCGGAAGAGGUUAAUUCUAACGCUGAAAGCAUUAUUGAUGAGACGAUUAUAGAGACAACCGUUAGUGAAAAACACUUGGAAAUCUCUGAACAAGACAUUACUGAUCAAGUUGAGCAAAUUAGCUCCUCCCCCCAACCCAAUGACAACAUGGACGUGACCUCAGCCAACUGUGAGGCAGAUGUCAUACAUCCAAUGGAUGUAAAUAUGGACCCACCAGAAUGUCAUAUUUUAGCAGAUUUUGAGAUUGGGCGUGAGAUUGUUGUGGAAGAAGAGGGACAAGAAGAGGACAGUGAUAUUUCUAUUAUUGAAAAACCUCAAGAAGUGACUACUGACAAUUUGAAAAAGACUGAUGAAAAACUUAACGACAUGAGUGUUGAAACUAGCAUGGGAAAUAGUACCAGUAAAGAAACUAAAGAAACUAUCUCUGUAAAGAAGGAUAGCGCCACAACUCUGCCACUGGCCACUAUAAAGAAUGAUGGAACGACUGUAGUGAGGAAAGAGCCUGAAAAACCUAAGAAGCUAGAAAUGAACACUCAGGCCAAGACCAAGGCACGUCUCGCAGCUCUAGCAGCGCAAAAGGCUGCUGCGGCAGCUAAGAAACAAACGAGGAGGGAGCAGCUCAAUCUGUUAGCUUUGUGUCAGGAAAUAGCAGAGGACAUAGCCACAGACAGCAUGCUUCUAAAAAAGAUUGAGGAGGAGAAGCUGGCCGCUGCUAAGUCUGAUGUAAUCAAAAUUGAAAGUCCACCUGAUAACAGUCAAGAGGAUCGGUCGGGGGAUGUGGUGGCUCCAGCUCAAGGAGAGGAAGAGGUGAGCUCAACUUCAACCAAACCUGCGGAAGACCACAUUGUUCCACAGCCGGCUUCCACUAACACGGACGAGUCAAAGGCUGCUCCAGAGCAACCAAAACGAAGGCCCAAGUAUUCGUUCGAUGACUUUGAGCUGGACGAUGACCCCGUCCCUCCUCCAAAAGUGUGUCUCCAGGCUAAGCCCACCAACCAGAUGAGGCCUAAUGUUCAGAAUAGAGCAGCUGCCCAGACAACCUCCCCAAAACCCUCCGUUUCAACACAACCUUCAAACCAGUCGAAGCCCGCCGCUCUGACACCUGCUGGACAGAUCACGGGUCAGACCAGGCCAGCCCCCAGUGCUUUGGCCAACGCUGCAGCAUCACAGACACAGCCAAAAGGCACACAUGCAACUCCAACAUCAUCAAAGCCCUCACCCACAGCGAAAGUUCUACACAGCACUCCAGUCUCAACGUGCCCACUGUCAAAAUCUGUAGUUUCAACCCCGUCCAAGUCAGUAGACCCGCCUCUGCCCCAGAUGAAGCCCACGAGUACAACUUCUCAGGAGAAGAAGCCUUUAUCUGUAGCUCAGCCCGCUGUAUGUGAGACAACAGCGGCUUCUCCUCCAGAGGACGCCCCAGAUCCGGCCAAAUGCAAGACAAAAGAGGAAGAAUCUGUAGCAUCUGUCCUCCCGAAAGAAGUCUCCAAUGAAACAAAUGAUGCGCAGAAGUGUGGUGAGAACCCAGAAGCGGUUCCUGUCCAUGAGGGGAAAACUGCUGUUGUCCAUCAAGAAAGUAAAAGUGAAACUGAAGAAAGUGACCUGAAUGAAGAGUCGAAACCUGAAAAGGAUCAAAACAUUGAGACUCCAUUGUCGGAUUCCAGUCUACAGAGAGAAAUAAAAAAACUAAAGGAAGCGGACAAAGAUGGCACUCAGACUAUAAUUGAUGCAGGACAAAAGCACUUUGGACCUGUGGCGUGCAGUGUGUGUGGGAUGCUCUACUCUGCUGCUAAUCCAGAGGAUGAAUCUCAACAUUUACUCUUUCAUAACCAGUUCAUUAGCGCCGUCAAAUAUGUGGGAUGGAAAAAGGAAAGGAUUUUGUCAGAAUAUCCUGAUGGAAAAAUCAUUCUUGUUCUGCACGAUGAUCCAAAAUAUGCGCUGAAGAAGAUUGAAGAGAUAAGGGAGAUGGUGGACAGUGACCUUGGCUUCCAGCAGGUGGAGUCAAAGUGUCCCUCAAAGACUAAAACCUUCCUCUUCAUUUCCAAUGACAAGAAAGUUUCCGGAUGCCUCAUUGCCGAGCACAUUAAUGAGGGCUACAGAGUGAUCGAAGAGCCGUCACCGUCUGGAUCAGAAGGAGAGAAGGUUAUGUUUGAGAGACAGCGAGCGUGGUGCUGCUCCACCACCUCUGAACCGGCCAUCUGUGGCAUCAGCCGCAUUUGGGUGGUCAGCACAAUGAGGCGCCAAAGCAUAGCCUCACGCAUGCUCGACUGCCUCAGAAACAACUUCAUAUAUGGUUCGAACCUGAGCAAAGACGAGAUCGCCUUCUCUGAUCCAACUCCUGACGGGAAACUUUUUGCCACACAAUAUUUUGGCACUUCACAAUUUUUGGUUUAUAACUUUGUAAAUGGGACACCGAAAACACAGAAAGAAACUGAAAAAGUAUAA